AUGAGAGAGGGUAUGGAAAAAGUCCAAAAUACCACUCAUGGCUCCGGCUGUUUCGAACACUGCACGCCUCCGGAACAAAGCGCGCCGACCUCUGCUGCAGUCAGUCGCCUCCUGAGAUUCGGAGCCGUGGCUCUUAUUGUCGGCGCCGUGUUGAUGCUGUGUGCAUCCACGGCCGCUCUCUACCUGUGGAAAGCCAGCGAUAAAAACGUUUAUAAUGUUCGAUACAGUAUGAACAUCAAUGGGGAGGUGAGGGACGGUUCCGUGGAAAUUGAUUCUGACAACAACCUGGAGCGAUUUAAGACUGGGAGUGGAGCUGAGGAGGCUGUGGAGAUUCAUGACUUUCAAAUUGGAAUAACCGGAAUCCGCUUCUUUGGAGGAGACAAGUGCUAUAUAAAAUCCCAAAUCAAAGCCAGCCUUCCACACAUGGGAGCUCACAACAAAGCCUCGUUGAUGUUUGACCUGACAGAUGAAACCAUGCCAGUGAGGUUUGAUGAGGAGCUCCUCAUAUGGGUUGCAGCUGAGCAGCCGCUGAAGGACACCAGCUUCCUGAGCAACAAAAUUCUGGGUCUUUGUGGGGAACUUCCCAUUUACUGGCUCCAGCCUAUCUAUCCUAAAGAUGGGGAGAGGAGGAAGAGAGACACACAGCGAGCCAAACGGCAGUUUAACAUGGAGGAGUUGGAGGCAGCUGCCGAGGAGAGGGGCCCGGUGAGUCAGGCAGAGGAGGGCACCUCCAGAGCUGUGGAGGAAGAGGAGGGAGGACAGUCCACCGCGGGGUCAGCGUACAAUCCUGAAAACCCCUACCACCGCAGCGGAGCGGCCGGAGAGGAAGGCGCCAUGACCUUUGACACCAUGUUGGACCACCAGGGGAUCUGCUGCUCAGAAUGCCGGCGCAGCUACACUCACUGCCAGAGAAUCUGCGAGCCUCUGCGCGGCUACUGGCCCUGGCCUUACAACUACAGAGGGUGCCAGGUAGCCUGCCGCGUCAUCAUGCCCUGUCGCUGGUGGGUGGCACGCAUUUUGGGUGUUGUGUAA